UCUGGAUUUGCAUUACUGAAGGAACCGAGAGCGGUGGCGCAAGGAGAGACGGACAGCUAAAAAAAAACUUAUAUUACAUCGACCAGGACUGUCUUUUUUCCUUCCUUUCGACCUUUUUAGGACUGUCUGAUCUCCCUCGGAUUUGCUUUAGACAGCGCUGAAUGAGAGGGACCGAACACAGAACCGGAGAAAUUAGCGGGGAGGAGACGAGUGUGAAGGCGGAGAACAGAGCGAGUCUCCGGGUAUCGGCUGUGCGUCUUUGCGCGGUGCGGAACUGGGACCGAACUAUACUGCGUCGUGGCUGUCCCCCGGUGUAAAUGAGGGGUUUGCUGGGGAAAUAACUUGACUUUUCUUCUUUUGGGAGGACUCUGGAGAAGAUCUAGUGUCUUUUAAACAGAACCAGAGGAAGCCUAUCGGAUCGUGUACUACAGCCCACUCCACGCAUGUUGGAAGUGGAGAGAGCAGGGCUGGAUGCCUGCGGGUUUGCGAGUCUUCAAGACGCAGCCAGGGAUUAUCUCCUACUCGGGCAUCAUCUGACGGAGUAAGGACCUAAAAAAAAAGGAGCGGAGGGGUCGUAUAUUCUUGGUGUGCUCUUGCGCUUUUGGCUGCUUUGGAAAGGAUAUGGCACGGUCGGCGCUGGAGAGAGGAGCGCAGCCGACAGAGGAGAGAGGAAACAGGAGCUGAAUGACAGGAUGCCAGCGACCUGAGCAGGCACUGAGCAACUUCGUUAACCGAGACACUUCUGCUUUGUUUGAAAAAAGGAGGCAAGACGAAGAAGAAUUGUAGCCAAAAACACAUUCGGGGGAGUUUAUUUCGGAGUUUUUUGUAUGCAUAAUUUUAUUUUUUUGUUUACAAAACAAGGAUGCAUUGUGGAUUAGUCUUUAUCCUGUUUAUGGGAAUCCUCUUGGCGGUCAAGGCUUUUAAAAACGAUAAAUGUGGAGGCAACAUCAGAAUCUCAAACGCCAACUACCUCACCUCGCCCGACUACCCCAGGUCUUACCCUCCUUCUCAGAGAUGCGUGUGGGUGAUAACGGCGCCUGGUCCCCACCAGCGGAUUCUCAUCAACUUUAAUCCGCAUUUCGAUCUGGAGGACCGGGAGUGCAAGUAUGACUACGUGGAGGUGCGAGAUGGUGUGGAUGAGAGUGGUCAGCUCGUCGGGAAGUACUGUGGGAAGAUCGCGCCCUCACCCGUCAUCUCCUCUGGAAACCAACUCUUCAUCAAAUUUGUGUCUGACUAUGAGACUCACGGAGCUGGUUUCUCCAUCCGAUAUGAGAUCUUCAAGACAGGCCCUGAAUGCUCCAGGAAUUUCACCUCCAACAGCGGUGUCAUAAAGUCUCCUGGUUUUCCAGAGAAGUACCCCAAUAAUCUGGACUGCACAUUCAUGAUCUUCGCCCCAAAAAUGUCUGAGAUCUUGGAGUUUGAGAGCUUCGAGCUGGAGCCUGACCCCACGCCCCCUACUGGUGUGUUCUGCCGCUACGACAGGCUGGAGAUCUGGGAUGGUUUUCCUGGAGUUGGACCAUAUGUAGGGAGGUACUGUGGGCAAAACACUCCAGGCAGGAUCAUAUCCUACACCGGCAUCCUGGCACUGACAAUCAACACUGACAGCGCUAUUGCUAAGGAAGGCUUCUCUGCCAACUUCACUGUCAUCGAAAGGACCGUUCCAGAGGACUUUGACUGUAGCGACCCUUUGGGAAUGGAAUCAGGAGAGAUAACGUCAGAUCAAAUCAUGGCCUCGUCUCAGUACAACCCCAGCUGGUCCCCAGAGCGUUCCAGACUCAACUACUAUGAAAAUGCAUGGACACCAGCAGAGGACUCCAACAAGGAGUGGAUACAGGUGGACCUUGGGUUCUUGCGGUUUGUCUCAGCCAUCGGUACCCAAGGCGCCAUUUCCCAGGAGACCCGGAGGACUUAUUUUGUGAAGUCAUACAAAGUGGAUGUCAGCUCUAAUGGGGAGGACUGGAUCACUUUGAAAGAGGGCUCCAAACAGAAGGUUUUCCAAGGCAACACUAACCCAACAGACGUUGCCAAGACGAUGCUGCCCAAACCCACGCUGACACGCUUCGUUCGGAUCCGUCCUGUUACCUGGGAAACAGGCAUCGCACUGCGCUUCGAGGUGUAUGGAUGUAAAAUAUCAGAGUAUCCAUGCUCGGGCAUGCUGGGUAUGGUUUCAGGUUUGAUCACUGACAACCAGAUCGCUGCAUCAUCCCACACGGACCGGAACUGGGUUCCAGAAAACGCUCGUCUUCUGACAAGUCGGACUGGGUGGACAUUGUUGCCUCAGCCACAGCCCUUCACAAACGAAUGGCUGCAAGUGGACCUGGGUGAGGAGAAGCUGGUGAAGGGGUUGAUCAUCCAGGGAGGGAAGCACCGUGAGAACAAGGUGUUCAUGAAGAAGUUUCGCCUUGGCUACAGCAACAAUGGCUCUGAGUGGAGGAUGGUGUUGGACACCAAUGCAAACAAGCCAAAGAUAUUUGAAGGGAACAGCAACUAUGACACUCCUGAGCUGAGGACGGUGGAGCCCCUGCUGACCCGUUUCAUCAGAAUUUACCCAGAGAGGGCCACUCCUGCUGGGAUGGGCCUUCGACUUGAGCUCCUGGGAUGCGAGAUAGAAGCUCCUACGCUCCCGCCUACAACGCAAAUUCCAAGCACCACUCCAUCUGAUGAGUGUGACGAUGACCAGGCGAGCUGCCACAGUGGCACAGGUGAUGACUACGACGUGACAGGUGGUAGCACGACACCGGAGACCACUACUGUUGAAGUGGACACCAUCCCAGCUUUCCUGUGGUUUGCCUGUGACUUUGGCUGGGCCAGCGACCCAUCCUUUUGCAGCUGGACAUCAGAGGAUACCGGCUCAAGGUGGCAGAUCCAGUCCAGUGGCACUCCCACCCUUAACACCGGACCUAACAUGGAUCACACAGGUGGAUCUGGGAACUUCAUCUACACCUUAGCAACAGGCCCUCAAGAGACAGAGGUGGCUCGGCUGGUCAGUCCCGUUGUCAGCUCCCCAGACUCUGACCUUUGUGUGUCCUUCUGGUACCACAUGUUCGGCCCGCACAUUGGCACCUUGCAUAUUAAACAGCGCAAGCAGACAGUUGACGGACCAGCUGACAUCCUGCUAUGGACAGUGAGUGGUCACCAAGGCAACCGCUGGAGGGAAGGACGUGUCCUUGUGCCACGCACUAACAAACCUUAUCAGGUGGUGAUUGAAGGUCUAGUGGAGAGAAAGAGCUGGGGGGACAUUGCUGUGGAUGACAUUAAGGUUCUCAAUGGCCUCAGCAUGACAGACUGUAAAGAUCCUGACGUACCUACGGAACCAAUGCUACCAGAGGAUCGCAUCAAUGAAAUUUUGGAGGAGAUCACUGAAUAUCCAGACCUUGUGGAGACCAACCAGAUCAGCGGAGCAGGCAACAUGCUGAAGACACUUGAUCCCAUCCUCAUCACCAUUAUCGCCAUGUCAGCCCUGGGGGUCUUCCUGGGCGCCAUCUGUGGGGUGGUCCUGUACUGUGCCUGCUCUCACGGAGGCAUGUCAGACAGGAACUUAUCAGCCCUGGAAAACUAUAACUUUGAGCUAGUAGACGGUGUGAAGUUAAAGAAGGACAAACUCAAUGUACAGAGCUCAUACUCAGAGGCGUGAGACACACAAAACUGAGUGCUUUCAUGUGACUGUGCAAAGUGCAGAGCUCUCAGAGCAUGCACAAGACUGGCUUUCCUCUCAUAUAUACCGCGAGUAGGCGGGCUCAAAGGACUGCCAACACCCUCCACUCGUUGGAUGAGGGACAGGUUCAGGAACCAAUGGGAGGUUUGGACUGAUCCACGCUUUUCUCAGGAGCUGCAGUAAAAAGAAACCUACCAGUAGGGGACACUGUGUACAAAAUAAAUACAGAAAAAAAUAUGUACAGAUGAUUUAGAUGAUAUUUUAAUUUUCUAUUUUGAUUUUCAUUCAUUUUUACAAUCGGAUGCUGGUGUUGAGACCAAUUUAUUAAUAAUGUUUAAAGUAUUUAUCAUUUCCUCGGAGAGACAGUUUUUAUUAUAAGUUCAUGAAGGCAGUUGUUUAUUUUCAAGUUUUGAAAUAGACGUAUCGAAAUCCUAAAUGAACCAUAUCCAGCAAAACUGUAGAAUUUGCCCCUGUGAGGUGGCAUACAGGGUGUGCCCAUAGUCCCCCCCCCCAACCCCGACCCUGACACAUGUACCCUUUCCACUUUGACCUCUGUCACUCUAAAGUGAGGGUCACAUCCAUGGCAAUGUAUGGUUCUGACAGUGCCUUUAGUACAUCUCGGUUGGCCUCCUCUGUUGACCUGGGUAUUUUUUACUGUACUUGGCUUAAGUUAUGAUGACAGGAAACAGGGGCACAUGAUCUUCUAAAUACCUGCGAAACAGGAUCCAAUCUACCACAGCGCUUUGUUUGAUUUCUGUUGUUGUUUAAUGUCCAAAAAAACACAAAAAAAACACACUGUAAAUAAGUUUUAAUAUAUUUUAUUGCCCUUUUUAAAGAAAGUAAAAAGGAAAAAAGCUGCAGUAUCCCUUUUUUCAUGGGUUGUGUGUGUGUAAAUACAAUCUUCUGACUGUUUUGUGGAAGGUGCAGUAUGUUUUUAGUUUCACAUUGCUCAGAUGAGCAAGAUUCAUGCGAUCCUGAUGUUCCAGCGAUUUCAAUGUGCAUUCAAGCCAUCUGUCAUUUAUUAAAAUAGAAAAAAAUACACUGCUUCACAAAAACCAUGGAAGGACGAGUUAGUCAAAAGGUAACAAAGUGAAAAAACAUCUCUUUCCCUCAAUGUUGUUUUCAUUUUUUCUUUAUUUUUGCUGUGAGUUUGAAUUUUUACCAGGAUAUUUUCAUGUAGCUUCAAAUGUCAGUGGCAGAGGAGGUGGUGUCAGAUGUAAGAUGUAAAAUGUCUGCCAACAUACCAAAAAAAAACCCCAACAAUCAUCAUUGCUUUGCUUUAGCCAAUACUUAGAAUAGCUCAUCACCUCCAAACAUCACUGUGGAUUGUUCACUGAAGAAGUGCUAUCUGGACAAUGCAGCUUGAAUGCACUUUGUUACUGAUUCCCUCAUGACAGGAGUCUAUUAAAGGAGGGGUUUAAACAACACACUAAACUAACUGAAGAUUGGUGCUAUCAUUACUUUGGCCAACACGUGUGUCUCAUGAUGCGAACCCUGUUUGUAUUGUUCACAUGCUGUAUUGUAGCUUAUGGCCUUUCUGGCCACAAAGAGUUUCUACGUGUUUCACGUGUAGCAGCCAUAACGUUGUGAUGUCAGAGCUGAUGUCAUUAGGACGGGACACUGGUACAGCGAGGGGAUCGAGUGGCGUCACCUGAAUCAGGUCACCUGGCCUCCUUCCUCCCGCGGCUUUACCAAAGGAUGGUGGAUGGUUAUAAACCUCCUUGUUGUUUGCCGGGGGUGCUCACCAACACACGCAGCUACUAAAAGACCACCAUGUUUGUCACUAUCAAAAGACUUGCUUCACCCCCGAGGGGGAAUGAUCUGUAGAGAAGAGCAAUGUCUUUUUCUAUCUCUUUUUAAGCGUAAAAGAAGUGAAAAUGUCACCUCAAUAUGAACUCUUCUACAUCUCUGUCGAGAGUCAUUUGCAGAUGGAUAGAUGGGACAAUCCCAGCCAGACUACAAGAGGAAGGGACUCUGUGUGAACUCCUCAGGAGAGUGCCAGUAUCAGGACACAAGGGCACAUGGGAGCCGGAACUCAGUGGUUUCUACACCACAAUCAAACAAUCAAAAACUUAAUUCCUGAGAAGGGUGACGUCCUUUCUUCUUUCUUUUCUGUUCCUUUUUGUUGACAUCCGUGUGCUUUGUAUGUCGUGCCGUGGUGAACACUCGAGCUUCAUUUCAGAUCCGACGUCCCACUCUCCUCAGCCUCUCCACCGUUACCGUCUGCGCUUUCAGCUAUAGUGGACUGUAGCUACAAGGAGGUCUGCUAAACUAGAGAAAAUGGAUACUGUAGCGUGGACUCAAAAGAAACAAUGUUGCACUGAUAAAUAUAUUUAAGAGGUUUAUGUGUUUAUAGCGUUCAUUUGCAAAAAAUGAAAAAAACAGAAGAAAGUAAAAAAAAUACAAAAAACACUUGUUCAUUUCUUUAAUUUUUUAUAUAUAGUUUCAGAUUAUGUGAUAUAAUUCUGAAAUGUAAAAAAUCAAGAUGUUUUCAUUAUUGAAAAAGGCAUAAUAGAUUUUCCAACAGUACUGUCCCUCUCCCUCCAUUUACAUGGCAUAUUAACGCUUCGUUUUGUACUGUCAUUCAGAUUUUGUGCAGAUUUUCUUUUUUUUUUUACAAGAACAAGAAAAUAAGACUUUUAUUUUCAAUACUGCUUCUGUAAUUUGCUGUUGUAGGAAAAAAUGAAUAAACAGCAAGGCCUUAAAAAGAA